GGAUUCUCCCUCUCCUUCCACACUGGUCCUGGCGUUCUCCACUGUCAUCCGAGACCCUCCUCAGCCUCUCAGUGUUUACCUACCAUCUGCCUGGCAACCGUCUGCAUGCUCCGGAUUACCAGAGGCCUAUUCUUUCAACGCCACCAUCUCCACCUUCCUGCAACUUGCUUUCUUUUGGAAUUAGGGGGGUCUGGAAGUCUGAACUGAGAAGGGCUGCAGAGGAGAGCUGGGUCUUAGGCUGCCCACAUCCCUCAUUCUUUCUCUUCUCUUCUUGCUUGUUGUUUAGAGAAUUUUUGUCUGAAUCUGACAGGCAGGAUUGGGGGUUUGGAGGACACCCCAAACCAUGGAUCACUCUCUGUUUGGUUGUCUACGUAGCCCUCAUGCCGCGGCCCAGGGUCUACACCCUGCCAUGACCCAAUCACCGCUGACCCUGCACGGCAGGAGUGACCACGUCUCCUACCUGGAUCUACCCAGCUCCUCGCCUCCCUGUGGCUAUCCCGGAGGAGACGACAAUGGGGUGUUUGGCGGUGCAGCCCACCAAGGCCACCUGCUCCAGCAGCAGCACCCCCUCCAUCCUCAGCACCCACCCAGCUGGCCUGUCCCCCCGCCGAUGCUCUCGCCAAACAUUCGGAACAAUGUAUGCCUACCACUGCUCGAGGCCACGGCCCCGGAACUGUGCUCAGAGGGCCCAAACCUGCAUGGCACCAACCCCGGUUUGGGCAGUGGUGACCCCACAGGGGUGUCAUGUGUUUCUGGGGAGUAUGGCCGGCAGAGUCUGUCUUCAGAGGACCCAGUCAGAAGGAACAGUAAGGGCAAGAAUGAUAGCUCGGAGUCCCAAGACAGGAGUUAUAAGUCAGAUGUGAACGGCAAACCCAGGAAGGAGCGCACAGCCUUCACCAAAGAACAGAUCCGGGAACUGGAGUCCGAGUUUGCACACCACAACUAUUUGACCAGACUGAGACGCUACGAAAUAGCUGUCAACCUCGACCUCACGGAACGACAAGUGAAGGUGUGGUUUCAGAACAGGAGGAUGAAGUGGAAGCGUGUGAAGGGAGGCCAGCAGGGGGCAGCAGCACGGGAGAAAGAACUGGUGAAUGUAAAAAAGGGGAGGAUACUGCCAUCAGAGUUUUCAGGGGUAGUAGGACUUCAGUGCUUGGCCAGUCCGCCAAGGCUGGCAACCGAGGAGGACAGUCACGACAGCGACCAGAGCUCAGAGCACCCUCACUUAUGACCUUCCUUUGGUCUUCCGUCUCCUAAGGCAAGUGUUAUUGGACAGGACAGAAACACAGGAAACAAUAGUGAGAUGUGUAAAAACCACAUGUAUACAGCUUGCUGUGAGCAAAACCUCCCAGCAGACAAUACAAUGAGACUGUGAGAACAUUCCAGAAAUGAUUUACAUUGAUGAAAGGGCUUGGAUUUUGCCCCGUUGAUGAUUUGCUUCAGUCAAAUUCUACUGUAAUUCUUUGAACAGUCAGUACGAAAAUGUUUAUGUUGUGUGUAACUGAACUGUACGGAAGCCCCGAGAGGCAAGUGAGAAGAAAAAAAUUCUGGUGAUCCAUUUUCUGAGUCUGAAAUUAAAUUGUUUUUUUCUCCUGUGUUUAUGACUUAUGAACAUGAGAAAAAAAAAAAGGUCUAAAGUUCUUUUUUUUUGUUUGGCCAGGUGAAUAAAUAAGUUGCCACUUGAAAAAAGAAUUUUGC